CACACUUCCGGUUGAUGUGGACCGCCAGCGCCAUGGCAACGGGCGGCCUGGUCGAGUGAUGCAGGGAUCGGUCGCUGCGAAAUUUGAGUUCGGCUCAUCCGAUUAUCUGGCUGACCCGUGAGAUCCAAGCUCGGGCUUCCUCACUUGCCCCUUCCCGCCGUCUUGUCUACCGGACGCGGACGACCUCCGGAGUCUGCGGUCCCAUGGCUCUGCCUCCUCUGCUGAUAUAGACAGGACGUGUCCCCUGCAGAUGCUGAGAAGUCAACAAAAUGGAGGAAAAGAAACUGAAACGCAGAAGUCCCAAGACCUCCACAAAUCAGCAAGCUCCUUCAGCGGGCAGCAAGAAAAACGCAGUGCCCAGUAAAACUCUGGCUUUAAAUGCAGGCGGACAGACAACUGCUCCAAGACAGAAGUUGAAAAGGGUUGUUAUAGAGAAGCCUAAACCACAGACUUCAGCUGGAAAGAGCACCCAGUCGGCCCCCAUCCAGCAUUCCUUCCUCACCGAUGUAUCUGAUGUGAAAGAGAUGGAGAGAGGACUGCUCAGCCUCCUGAAUGACUUCCACUCUGGAAAGCUUCAAGCGUUUGGCAAUGAGUGUUCCAUUGAGCAGAUGGAACACGUGCGUGAGAUGCAGGAGAAGUUGGCACGCCUACACUUUGACCUCUACAGUGACCUUGAAGAACCAGGGGAUGAACAUGGGAACAUAGCUGUGGAUGUGAACCUGGACAAACUACUGACUAAUUUGGAGGAGUUGAGCUCUUCGAUUCAGAAAUUGAACCUGGCCGAAAAUCAAGACGUCCCAAGAGCGUCCACCUCCUGAAGAAGGAAGCGGGGCCCACAAAAUCAGCGUCGCACAAAUACCAAUGGACAGUUGUACUUCAUAAAGCAGUGGCAUGGUGUGCUAUUAUUAUAUCCUCUGUCCUCUGAGCUGCCUAGUGUUGGAAAUUCCCAAAAGAGUCUGCUGCACCCAUCAUUUACCACCAUCCGUGUUGUGCUGGACUUCAGCGCUUUGCUCUCCACAGUGGCUGGUCUUGGAGGAAUGUGUUCCUGGCAAUGUUAUUUGUCCAUGUUUCUGUUGAAAGGGUGCCAGGGUGCUGAGCAAAUGGUUCUAACAGCUUGCAUCCUGACUGCGUGUCAGAGCUCAACGGAAACUGAUGGGUCAAGGUUGUUUUAUGGAAGGGACUGGCGGAAAGGUGAUGGGAGGGAGGCAGAAGGACAGCAUCUGACAGAAACAGGAGCCUGUAGCUUCUCAACCUCACUGCCUGUGAGAACGCCAUCUCCAUCUCAAAGGAAAUUAAAAGUGUAAUCACCUCGUGGUAUUUUGUGUUGAGUGAAAAACCUGACUCUGGACUCUCACUGGGGGUGAGAUUGAGAAGCUGCAGGCUCCUGUUUCUGUCACAUGUCCAUCUACCUCCCUCCCGUCACCUUACCCCCAGUCCCUUCAGCCCAUCAGGCCCAAGCACCUAGCCUACUGCCAGGUGAAGAGUGACGGCCUCAGGGUCGCUGCUCUGUUUCUGACAGUUCGGACUGGAGGAGGAUGGGAACAGAGACUGGGGCUCACUGCUCGAUAACCUUGUGCUUUGUUGCCUAUAGUUCUCAGAGUGCUUGCCCCGAGAGAGAUGCUCUGGUCUGAAUCGGAGUCAAGAGAAAGAGGCAGACAGGGUGAGUGCAGGUGAGUAGGGAAACACACUCUGGCCCUGUUACCAGUAAUGAGAAUGGUUCUCUGACCUUCACCACAAUCUGUUGGCCAGUUAUCUAACCAAGUAUAAGAUAUAGGAGCACAAUUCAAUUCUGCUUCAUUAUUUGAUUUUGACUGAUAUAUUAAUCCCCUAAACCACAUUGUCAGUCAAUUUACUGUAGAUGACAUGAAUGGCUGCUAUUUCAGUGAGAGAGAUGGGGUGACAAAUUCUGCUGUCCUCUACUUGAAGUGAGACCAACCCAGACAAUAGUGGGUACUUAAGCAAGAUGCACAAAAUACUGGAGGAACUCAGCAAGUCAGGCAGUAUUUGUGGAGGGGAAUAAACGGUCAAUGGUGUGGGCCAAGACCUUUCAUCGGGACUGGAAGGGAAGGGGGCAGAGACCAUAGUAAGAAAGUGGGAAGAAGGGGAGGAUGACGUUUUGGGCUGAGAGUCUUUGUCAGGACCUGUGGUGGUUAAACCCUCUGGAUGGGUAUCCAAAGUCGGGGUAGGUGGUGGGAGGAUCCAUAUCUCAGGCUUUCAGUUUUGUCCGCACUCUGCACCUACCUGGGUCAGGGACUGUGUGACCCACCCAGUAACUGGUGAUACAGGUGUCUGGUGCCCUGAGCGAGUUGGCUGCUUGUUGAGCCCUGUUAUCACAGCUCUUUAGUAGUGAAGGGGGUUGGUAGAAGAGGGCCCAGUUGCAGACUUCCUGUGGCUGUUGUAGUAUAAUUCAAGCUUUAUCAUACACAGUUGGCAGUGCCCUUGUGUUUACACUCAAUAUUAGUGCAAUGCAGAAUACUCCCAGUCUACCCAUUACAUACACAGAAUGGGAGCAUAUGUCUACGGCUGUCUGCACUGAUAUGCCAAUUGGUAUUAUGUACCAGUUUUAAUUGUCUUUAGCAUGGAGAAUGUGGUCUGGUUAAGACCAGCUCAGGUGAAAUAGAAGACAGUGGUCAUCUGGUAUCUUGGCUUUUUAUCCUUUGUUUCGACAGACCAGUGAGAGGUUCUGUCCCUUCAAGCCAAAAGCCAGAGGACUGAUUUUUUAAAAUUGCAUCACUGUUGUACAGUUAAUCUCCCAUGGUGGAAGAGCUGGUAGUGAUUUACUGGAUAAAAGUAUGCAGCUAUGUACGGUGUGUAUACCAGUACCCACUCUGUGUAUGGUAUAUUUUACCAGUACCCACACUAUGGACACCAUAUUUAACAGUACCCACACAAUGGACGGUGUAUUUACCAGUACCCACACUAUGGACAGCAUAUUUAACAGUACCCACACAAUGGACAGCAUAUUUACCAGUACCCACACAAUGGACAGCAUAUUUAACAGUACCCACACAAUGGACGGUGUAUUU